AUAUGGAGGUCUUGACAGCCAAUCCUUUCUAAGCCUUCAGCAGCAAAUAUGUUGGAAAUUACAGAACUUCAGAAAAUUGGUGUUGGGCUUGUUGGCUUUGGGAUAUUCUUCCUCCUGUUCGGUGUAUUGUUGUACAUGGAUUCGGUGCUUCUGGCCUUUGGAAAUAUCUUGUUCCUGUGUGGCUUGGCUGUUAUAAUUGGACUAAGAAGAACUUUUGGAUUCUUCUUCCAAGGCAUAAUCAUUGUUCUGCUUCGGUGGCCUCUACUAGGCAUGCUACUAGAGACCUAUGGUUUCAUUAAUCUCUUCAGGAGCUUUUUCCCAAUUGCUUUUGGAUUUCUGGGAUCACUGGUGAAUGUCUCAUUUUUGAACAAGCUGUUUCAGAAAUUUGGAGACACCAGCUCUGCAGUAUAACUUGAGUGAAUGACUUGUUACCAGAGACAACUUCCUUUCUUACAAGCACAGACAUUUUUUAGGAAUAGCCUGCUACCUCAAUAGUGCAUGUUAUUUAGUGCUGAUUUAAAUACUACAUAGGAUCACUUUCAGAAAUGUAUAGGGUAAUUGGUAGAAUCAUUCCUUGUAAAAGAUGUGAUUAUAAUGGGGUUUCCAUCUUCUGAUGCUGGUUUAUACACACUCGAUUGUGACUAGGCUGCAUCUUUUAAAUAUACAAAAACACACCUCAAUGAUCUUCAGUACCUGGAAGUAUGACACAUUGUGUCACAAGGAUGUGACAGCAAAACAUCCAGCAUUUAGGACAUGUCAACUCGGUUGCAGAAAUAUAUCUGAAUGGGAUCUUCAAUAUUCAAGCAAUUGCAGUGAAGUGGAAAAAUGCUAGUUUGUUUCACUGGAUGUGAUGUAUCAGUGCCAGGUUCAUCCUAUUUAUAGACUGGUCAAACAAAUUCUGCAAGUUUUCGAAGCACAAUGACAAAAAUGAGCAAAUCAGUUUGCUAAAACUAAGGGCGGUUGAAUGUAGACAUUUCAUUUUGGAGUUUGGGGUUUAGCAGGAGCCAGUGUUAGAAAAUAGUUUAAAAAAAUGACACAACUGUUAAGCAAACCAAAGCUUGCCACGGGCCAAUUUUCCUGAAAACCAGAAGUAAAUGCCGGCUUUUGGCAAAGCCAUCAUAAAACACAGUCACAUGACCAGGGGACACUGCAAAUGGCUGCAGAUGUGGCCCAGAUGCCAAAAGCCCAAUAUGCAGUCAUGUGAUCAGGGGAGUGAUUGGGAGAACUUUGAAUCUAGGUUGUAAGAUCCCCACACACACACAUAGAAGUCUAUUGGAACUUUGAUUAGUCAUAAGUCGAGGACUACCUAUACCCUAAUCAUGGAAUUACCAAGGGAAAAAAAACUACACCCUACUAACACUGGAAGGACAAGCAACUAUUUAUAAACAUCUAGAAAAUCCCAAACUUACUAGCAUUGCUGAUAUUAUCUGGUUGGGUAAUGAAACAUUUGCAAACAACCAAGAGCAUCAAGAACUCCACAAAUCUCACUAGAAAACUAAAAAGAAAAUAACUAAUAGAAAAGCCUUGAUUUUAUCUAAACUACAGGAAGAAUGUGAAUGGGAAACAGUAAGAUCCCUUUCUUCCUUAAAAUAUAAAGAUCCCAUAUAUUAAUAAUAGGUCAGGUAAGGAAUCAACAUAGAGGCAGAAUAUGAAGAAUCUUUCCUCUCCCCCCCCCCUCCUCUUCCCUCUGCAUUAGCAAUAAAAAUCGGCUCAUAGAUGCAGUGAGCAGUCUCCAGCAAUACCACCUCAAGGCCAAUAAUUUAUCUCAUCUUCAGUUCUUAACAAUCUCUAUCCAAAAGAGACAAUAGAAUAAAAGAGGAGGGCUUGGGCAGAUAAAAUUAGAAUAGUCAUUUAGUAGAAAAAAAUUAAAAGUAGAGUAUAAUAGAACAUUUAAAUAUGUCAAUUUCCCUGACGUAUUUUUGCUAUUCUUUUUUUCUGUAGGAAAGUUCAAUGAGAAAAUGUAGGGGUACAAAUAUUAUUUAGUUGGGUCUACCCUUCAAGACACAAUAAAGCUGUUUAGGCAGGGAAAUUAAAAGAUACAAACUAGAGGUGGGUCCAUCUUUGCUGAUGUCACCAGUAAGGGCAUUCAAUAAUUCAGACCCUGGCCUUAAGAAUGAGAUGAGAGCUACAGCAGAGAUCAUUUUAUCUUUUUCCAAGAGAUCAAGAUUUUGGGCCUGGACAUUGCAGAAAAAACUGAGGUAAGUAAAGCCCUAUACAAACAUUUAUCUUUGACUAAAUCCACUAAAGACAACAUGGUUGCAAAUUAUGUGAGAGAAUUGCAUAUAUUUAUUCAAAAGUUUGUUCCAGUGCAUUAAAUGGGAUUCUGGAGGAAAUGUUCAUAGUUUUGGCUCCACUGUCAUAUUUCAAGUAGAUACUCUGCAUCAUAUACCUCUCCUUCCUAGUCUCAAAUGCAUUUUUAUCAACUGGAAAGUUUUUGAAAAUGGUGAAGGGUUAGGACUGUUGUUUUAAAUUGCAGGCAGACUGUGAUUUUUAAAAAUGGUCUUGCUGUUGCUGUUUAAGAGGGAAAAGAACUUUGAAGUAGAAGCACUUAAUACAGUAUGUAUUUACUCAUACCUGCAACUUUAGUCUUCCUUUUGCCUCUGGCCAUGCAGGGUUAGCUGGAUUUGGAAAACACCUGUUCAUUAGUGGUGGAACUGGAAUGAAUGUUUGUAUGCUGAGUAACGACUCCUCUCUUUCAAAUCACAUUUAAUUCACUCUAAUUAAAAUUUCUCUCUGUGUAUGCUCCGCGUCUGCUUGUUUUCUUCAUAAUAGCCAGUUAUAAAUGUUUUCUGCUCUACAAGUUUGAAAACUGGUCUCAAAACGUAUUUUUUUCCAACAACAUUCUUUGAUCCUCACUGGUCAGGCAAAUUCUACAAAGUAUGGGGAGCCUUGGCAAAACAGUAGAUGGGAAAGCUGUCUAGAAAUUCUGACUUCUCAGCUGCACCAUGGCUUCUUCUUUCCAGAUGUGCAUGGGCCAGGCUUCCACCCAUGAUCCCAAAUGAUCUUCUGAUCCACAGCUGCAUUCUGUACUUUAAGGCAUUAAUAAAUCACAGAGAUUGAAGGAGAGAAAGAGAAUAGCAGGUCUUGAUCCACAAUAAUAUGCCAGUCAGUGUAAGGUUCUUGCAUUGUGAAUGCAUUUUUUAAAAAACCCUAUUAUGUUACAUUUAUAAAUAACUAUUUUUUCCCUGCAGUGGAAUUUCUGUUUAGAGACAGACCAUUAAUUGUGUAAUAAUAAAUUAGAUUUAAAUUAAGAACUGUAGCUACAAUUAGUAAUAAUUAAAAGUAGUAAAUCUGUAGGAGUGCAAAGCAGAGGUGUUAUGUUUGUAUGAUUGGGCAACUGAAGCAACAGGAAAUGAACCAACUGUCAAGCAGAUUGACAGUGGAACUUAGCCAGAAGAUUGGAAACCUGAGUUUAAUUUUAUAUUCAGUUCACACACACACACACAAAAACAAACAAACAUGCAUGCACCGUGCACACAGAGCUUGCUUUUUACCAGUGAUUCUGAGCCAUAUUAAACUGGAACUGAGAUAACAUUAUUUUUCUUUCAAACAUUAUUUUAGAUAUACUCUAUUAAAUUUUUCUUGUACAGUGGCCAUAUUUCUUGAAAAAAAUAAAGGACAAACCUGAAAAGGAGAGAAAAUCAAAAGAGAUUCAUAAGGAUAAAAAAUGUAGGUUUUUAUAAGUGCUUUACAAAAGAAAAUGUAAGAGCAAAACCAAGACAAUUUUUACAAAAAAUGCAUA